AGCACAAGCUGCAGGAUUACGCCAACCAUCAAUUCAAUGCACUCCACGAAACUCAUGCUUUGUGUGAUUUUUUUUCCAGUUUUGACAGCGCAGGGUACUAUAGCCCGCCUGCCAGUCUACAACCGUGUACAGUCCUACUGGGAUUCGCUGAACAACGGCAACGACGUGGACUCCAACAUCGCGUCGGUGACGUACACCAAGAAGUCAUCGUUGAGUUCUGUCAACGUGGUUUGGACUACCAACAUGUUUCAGCUAAAUAACGCCAAAUGUGCGCGGUGGUACAUUACGUUCAAUGGGGCCGAGUGCGCGGACCCAGGCAAUAUUGAGAGUGUUUUAUACGAGAGAGACAUCACGCACGCCACCAACGCAGAUUGGCACCAACCCGGCAUGGUGGAAGGGAUAUGUCACGGUCUGGCUGCCGGGACGUACACCGUGACCCUGGCAGUAACCAACUGUAAUGGCUAUAGCGGUGGAAACGCCUACACCGGCUGGGCAUCCGGGACCUUCGCCAUGAUAGAGGAAGUCUUCAUGGGCAUCUAAGCAGCAUGAUACAAUUCUUGGUAUCCCCCCCCCCAAAAAAAAAAAAAAAAAUUGUAAAAUUUUAUUUUAAUCCUUGUAGUUGGCUCACUUAGGACUCUUCACUUCAGUCGGACAAUGUCAUAAUUAAAAACCAAAUCGUGUAAGAAGUAAGCCCACAAUGCUUUCCAGACGGCAAGACCAAGGUUAUAAAGACGGCAGUUUUUCGGGAACCUCGUUUGAUAUCAUCGACUUUGUCAGUUGUUGAUUACCCAAAAAAUUAUGAAAAAAGAUGUUAACAAUAUUAUUGCAGCCACUGAAUUCAAUUAAACGGCAUAAGUCCACAUAAAGAUACCUGUACAUACUUUAUGACAUACAGACCUUGAAAGGGCCAACACCUGCUACGCAUUGCAAUUAAAAUUGUAUCAAAGUUGAACAUAUAUUUCAGGAUUGUACGUGGAAGUUUCUGUACCAAUACUUCCGAUACUGAUAUUUUCUUCAGUCAUUUAAGUAAGCUGUUCACCAGAUGAGUUUAUCGGGGUAGAAUACAAAAUGAUGCAUACAUAUUUUUCUCGCUUUCUGAACCGAGUACUUGCCAAUCUUAUUUACUGGGGAUUUAAAUUUUACAUUUUCAGCUUUCCAUUGUUGUGGCAGGAAGUGAUUGUGAAAAUAGAUAACAUUGGCCACAUUCUUCAAUAUAUCUUUCUUUUUUCUCUGAAGAUGACCAGAAUAAACUAGUGUGCUGUGAACAUAAGACACGAGUUGGCUGUUUAAAAAUCCUACAUUUUAACAAAUUACCAAACCAGAUUAGCGUAGGGACCAAUUAAGAAGAAAUGAUAAAAGCCCCGAGG